UUUCCUUCUGCCUGCUAAACAUGACCCUUGGUACCGCCAGAGAAACGUAAAGACUACAAUUCCCGUCGGUCUUCAUUUCGGGUCCCGCCCCUCUAUAUAACCUUCCCAUCCGGGGAUUUGACACCGUCAGGCGAUCUGUCGCCAUUGUGUGUGAAGCUACUGCGCUACUUUUCUCCCCCAUUCCUGGGGCCUGCUAGGGGCUCUUCCUCCCGGGGUGCGACCCUCUGCCCUGUCCCGGGGCUCUCCUGCUUUCCUUCAUCCACAGGCCCUGCUUCGGCGAUUCGGGUUCCUGCCCGUCCCGCUGCCCUACGGCCUGUUCUUUCCUCAUUUCUGUAACUCUCCAAUAUUUCUUAUUCUUUUUCUGGCAACUGACACUAAAGAUGUCGCCAUGAGUCCUGCUCUCCGUUGUCCAGCGCACCUGAACGCCAUGCUCCUGGCUUCCAGCCGCCCCCUGCACAGUGCUGCCCCCAUUCUGCCCACGGCCUAUGCCGCUGAGCUCCCAACUUUCCCCAGCAGAUAUGGAUCCUGGAUCAGCCAACGCAAACAAGAACCAGAACCGCUCGGGCUCUGCGGGACCUUCCGGGGAGUCUAAGCCGAAAAGUGAACCAAAAAAUGGCAAUAGCUCCAAGCAACGAUAUAAUCGGAAACGAGAAAAUUCUUACCCUAAAAAUGAGACUUUCGCUGGUCAGUCCCGGCGCUCCUGUCCACAGAAAAGCAAAACUUUUAACAAGGUUCCACCACAAAGAGGUGGACCUAAGCAGUAUGGAAUGGGAAGGAGGGAAGAGGUAGCAGAGACUCAGAGGGCAGAGUUUAGUUCAGCUCAAUAUUCUGGGCCAAAGAAGAUCAACCUUAACCAUCUUCUAAACUUUACCUUUGAGCCACGUGGUCAUCCUGGUGGACUCAACGGGAAUGGAAAUUUUGGCAGAAGACACAAAUGGGGAAACAAACCAUUUAAUAAGGAACUCUUUCUGCAGGCUAACUGCCAGUUUGUGGUGUCUGAUGAUAAUGACUACAGUGUCCACUUCGCUGAUCCCGAUACUCUUGUCAGCUGGGACUUUGUGGAACAAGUGCGGAUUUUUAGCCAUGAGGUGCCAUCAUGUCCCAUUUGCCUGUACCCUCCCGUUGCUGCAAAGAUUACACGCUGUGGUCAUAUUUUCUGCUGGGCCUGUAUCUUGCAUUACUUGUCACUUAGUGAAAAGGACUGGAGUAGGUGUCCAAUUUGUUACAGCUCUGUUAUUAAAAAAGACCUGAAAAGUGUUGUUACCACAGAAACACAUCUCUAUUCAGUGGGUGAUAAAAUAACAAUGCAGUUGAUGAGAAGGGAGAAAGGAGUCCUGGUGGCUAUGCCAAAAUCUAAGUGGAUGAAGCUUGAUGAACCUAUUCAUUUAGGAGAUUUGGACCAUACCCUGUACUCAAAGCUACUACUGGCCUCUCGGGAUCAAAUCCUUAGCCAGGUUAUUGGUGAGGAGAAGGUUGCCCUGUUGGAGCAGUAUAAUGCCGAAAAAGAAACCCCAGAGGCCUGCUUUAUAGAGGCAGCUAUGCAAGAGCUGCAGGAUCGUGCAGGUAAUCUGUGUGCUGCUAGCAAGCCUGAAAUUGAGGCAGCUACACUUUCAAUGGAGGCCUUGAAUUUUGAGUCUACCAGUGACAAACAGCAUACAGUCCUAGAGAGAGAGGUUGUACACUAUAUCUCUGCAUUUGAGGAAGAAACUAUGGAACCACCAUGUGAAGAUUGCUCUCCUACAGAAUCCUCUCCUCCAGAUAUCACAGCUGUCUUGGCAACAGAUGUGAGCACUGCAACUGAUGGAGGCCUUCCUUCGCUCAGUCAACAGGAGUCAAAACCAGAAAACUGUGGGCCACUUGGGAACUCUCACUAUUACUAUUUUUAUCAAGCUGUGGAUGGACAGCAUGUGUAUCUUCAUCCAGUGAAUGUACGUUGCCUUGUUCAUGAAUAUGGCAGCCUUGAGCGGUGCCCAGAGAAAAUCACUGCCACUGUUGUAGAGAUGGAUGGGUUUACCAUGACUGAGGAGGUGCGCAGACGCCAUCGGUAUCUUUGUCAUUUGCCUCUUACUUGUGAGUUCAGCAUCUGUGAAAUGGCCCUGGGGCCCCCUGAUGUUUCUGUGGAUACCUUGGAGCUUUUUACAGCUGAAGUUGAGAAGAGAAAACGUCUGCGCCAGCGGAAAGCACGAGAUGAGCAACGCAGAGAAAAAAGGAUUGAGCUUGAGGAAAACAAGAAGCAAGGAAUAUACCCAGAAGCGCGCAUUGCAUUAGAAAAUCUUCAGCAGUUCCCUGCUUUUAGCUCCAGUCCUAUCGACUCACUGUUCAAUGUGGAAACGCAAAAUUUUAUUUCCGUAUCUCCUUUGAGCUGCAGCCCAACAUCGCAGUCUGGUUCCCUUCUUGGUGCAGAAUGUUCCUCUGAUCCUUUACUCACUGAAGAUGAAUCCCGUUGUCCAUCAUUUGCUCAGAUGCUGAGAGUUGGUAAAGCAAAGCCAGAGACCUGGCCCAAAGCUGCCCCUAAGAAUGUGCCAGAAAAUACUUUGACUCCAGCAAACGCUGACAGUGAUGUGGAGAGUGAUUGCUCUGAGCGAGUUCCUGUCCCAAGUUUUCAGAACUCUUUCAGCCAAGCUAUGGAAGCUGCUUUCUUGAAGCUGGAUGCAGCCCUCCCUACUCCUCCUUCAGUUGAGAAAGGAGGAAAAAAGAAGAAGAAGCAACAGAAACUUCUGUUUAGCACCUCAAUUGUUCAUACUAAGUGAGCAAUUCACUCCAUCAAUUUCUCUUCAGUCAUGUUCACCCCAAUAGCUUUAUAUAACUUUAUCUGCAGUAUUUAUGGUUGAACAUGUAUCAGUUUUGAGCAAAGUGCUCUUGUAUGUUGCACCAAAAUUUUGGGGCCAGUUUGCUUUGUAGGGUCAGACCUUUACUAAUGCAGAGGAUAAGUGAUUAGUAUGAAGUGGGACUGUUUAUAAUGCUGAGGUAUUAAACUGCAUUACGGGGGUUAACAACUGAACCAGAAACGUUAAGUGGAUCAUCUGUGAUUUUUAGGGCACUUGCAUAGUGGAAUAGACCAGAAUGAAGUUCUACUAAUGAAACUGAAGCUUCUGUUGGUAGCAAAGUACCCCAGGUCCACUCACCAAGGCAGACAAUGCUUUCAUUAUCAUCACAGUUGACACUUUAUAAUUUGGAAAUUCCCACUGGAGAUUCUUUAGCUAUGGUGUUGGUUGCUGUUGAAAACUGGAUUUGGGGAGUUCUGUUUAAGGAUUAUGAAGCUGAGCUCACAAUGCUCUGCCUGUGGCUUUUUCAUGUGAAAAGAAUGUACCCCACACUGAUUCUGUAGUUGAAACAAUAAAAUUUAGAGUAAACACUGA